UGGCGGUGGGGUUGGAUUUGGUCCAAGUUGGCAAACGGUUCGAUUGCUAAUGAGGGCCCAAUUAUAAAGUGGGGGUCAGUUGGUUGGAGUCCAAACUUCAUCAGAACAGGCUCAUAACGCGGUGUACGGUCCUUCCUCAUAAUCCUGUCUCGGGUUACUAUAUUUCUAUAUCGCGACAAUUAAUCCUUACAACAAAGAGUGAAAGAAUAGAAUCGUUCCAGUGGAAAGAUUCUAAACCUACUACAAAUUACUCAAGGAAAGGUGGAUGGUGACCUAACGUCAGUAUAGAAAUGGGACCACUGAUCUAUUAAGUGAAUGUUUUCGUAAGACUGAUGGAUAAUAAUAAAAUGCAGAUAAUAUGCAUGACGUGAUUUUACGGAACUCAUAAACAUGGAGAUGUCGAGGAUAGCAGUGCUUGUAUCUUGUUCGUGCUUGUUCACCUAUUCCUCAACAGCAUUUUUAAACGAAAAAUGGGUCACGGAGAGUCCAAUGCCGUUGAGUUCCGCACCGGCACCACCACUGACUCGGGAGACGCCGACCGUGCCAGCGACAAACUUCACAGCAAAGGAGUCGGCAGGGGUCGGCAACGGGACUACUCACCAUCCUGGGAACGCAACCCGUAAAUCAACGACGAUCGACGACACGGACGAGUAUUACUCCGCUUAUCCGGAUUAUCCCGAUCCCAUUAACUCAUCGGGAAGCGUGCUUCCUGAGCCUGAAGUCAGCCCUCUGGAAAGCGAAGAACCAGUUCCGUUGCCAGACGACAGCCUCGCGGACACCGACCUCCACGACCAUGACCUCAUUGACAGCGUCAUGUACAUUUAUUUUGGGGGUUCGAAUAGAGACCGCGGCCCAGCAGGAAGACAGGUGACAGUCAAUGUUUCCACUUCUACAUCAACCGCUACUGCUCAGCCCCACAACGUUCAGGUCCUUAUAGUCGGAGCGGUAAUGGCGCUGGUCGCUCAGUUCCUGACUCUUGCAGGUGCCUUCAAAAGGCUCAAGACUGAAGACUCUGCUUUAGUCAUCCUUCUAAAUACAGAGCUAGCUCUCACGUGCAGCAAUCUGCUCUUUAUGCUCGGUGUGCAAGCGACGAGUGACAAAUGGACAUGCGAGAUGAUUGCAAUCGCCCUGCACUACCUCCACCUUGUCACCGCCUCUUGGUUUUGCGCCAACUGCUUCCACAGCUACUGGAAAUUGUCCCGGCCAGCUCACAAGCCGAGGAUUUUAUUCUACACGCUCGCCUCAUGGCUUUUUCCAGCACUUGUAGUAUAUAUUUCGACAGUGGUGAACUUUCAGGGGUAUGAGGCUUGCCAUUACUGCUGGAUGUCAGUCGAGCGGGGAAUACUUAUUCUAUUUAUGCUUCCUAUCUCAGCCCUUAUGAUCGCCAAUACAAUUCUCGUUGUCAUUGGACUGAAGAUGGCUAACAAAUGGCAUUUGGAAUCCGAACCGGAGAGGAAGUCGUUGAGAGUGGCCGCAUCCCUGCUACCCAUGUUUUCCGUCGUUUGGUUCCUAAGCGUCGUCGCUCUCGACAAUUCGCGAUCGCUCGUCUUUCCGCUACUUUACGUCGCCAGCAACGCUUUUCUUAACUGGUUUGUUUUCAUCUGGUGGCUGCCAGGGGAGACGGGCUCGUGGAGAGAAGGCGACGAAGAGUACGAAGACGAUUUCGAGGAAGAACUUCUUUACGAAGAUCAACAUUGCAAUACCAACAGUAGCAAAGAAGAGCUGGCCCAGCAGGAACAGUUAUACCUCAUAGGUCCUAGAGACAACUACGAACUACAAAUGGAGCCGAUAUGCACUAUAUCUUCCUGAGCUGAAAAGAACCCGUAUCGGGAGCUCGUUUGGGAAAAAACCCUUUCGAGGGGAAAAGAAGAAAGACCGGGACCCGCCCCUUCGACGAGCUCCGACGAGACUUCGACAAACGAACUCGCCCUUAUUUCCAGCCUUUUGCAGGAAAGUGAAAUUUAUCGGAAACGAAGUUUUGUAAGAUACGAUGGUUAAUUAUUACGUGAUGAGCUGGUCUCUGCUGUUUCACAAGGAAGCUCAAUUCUCCUCCGACAAUAUACCGUCUUUUGCUCAUCGAGAGUUCAUAAUUUUCUAUUCCGCCCUUUACACUUAUGAUUCCUUUAGUUAAAAUUAACUGUUAGUUUUCAUUUAUUGGACAAAAUCUUUUCGGUAAACAAAUAACAACUCCCAUUCAUUUCCGACGUCCUAAGGAUAUAAUUAAUAUAACGACAGAAGGACGUCAACUGUAAAUUUUGUAAAUAUUAGAC